AUGGUGGCCACCGAGGGGCUGCGCGAGAUGGAGGGCAGCGCGCUGCGCCGGCUCGUGGGCCGCGACGAGGCCGGGGCCGGCGGCGCCGCGCGGUGCCUGGUGCUGGACUGCCGCCCCUUCCUGGCGCACAGCGCCGGGCACAUCCGCGGGGCGCUCAACGUGCGCUGCAACACGAUCGUGCGGCGGCGGGCCAAGGGCGCCGUGAGCCUGGAGCAGAUCCUGCCGGCCGAGGGCGAGGUGCGGGCGCGGCUGCGGGCCGGGCUCUACGCCGCCGUCGUGGUGUACGACGAGCGCAGCCCGCGCGCCGAGGCCCUGCGCGAGGACAGCACCGUGGCGCUCGUGGUGCGCGCGCUCCGUCGCGACACGGCGCGCGCCGACAUCCGCCUCCUGGCAGGUACCGGCGGGCGGGGCGGCCGCAGACGGCUGCCCCCGCCCGGGAAUGGGGCUCCGGGCUCGCCGCGCCCCGGGCAGGGCGCUGCCUUCUCCCGCCCCCGGCCGUCCCUGAAAUCUGCAGGCAUAGGGGGCUAUGAGCGCUUCUCCUCGGAGUACCCCGAAUUCUGUGCAAAAACCAAGUCCCUGAGCAAUGUGUCACCCCCCACCAGCGCUGAGCCCCUGGAUCUGGGCUGCAGUUCCUGUGGGACCCCCUUCCAUGACCAGGGUGGGCCUGUGGAGAUCCUUCCCUUCCUCUACCUUGGCAGCGCCUACCACGCAGCCCGGCGGGACAUGCUCGAUGCGCUGGGCAUCACAGCCCUGCUGAACGUCUCCUCAGACUGCCCCAACCACUUCGAGGGGCACUACCAGUACAAGUGCAUCCCUGUGGAGGAUAACCACAAAGCUGACAUCAGCUCCUGGUUCAUGGAGGCAAUUGAGUUCAUUGACUCAGUGAAGGAGUGCUGUGGUCGUGUCCUGGUGCACUGCCAGGCUGGCAUCUCGCGCUCGGCCACCAUCUGCUUGGCGUACCUGAUGAUGAAGAAGCGUGUCAAGCUAGAGGAGGCCUUCGAGUUUGUCAAGCAGCGCCGGAGCAUCAUCUCCCCCAACUUCAGCUUCAUGGGGCAGCUGCUGCAGUUCGAGUCGCAGGUGUUGGCCACUUCGUACGCGGUGGAGGCCGUCAGCCCCUCGGGGACGCUGCGGGAGCGGGGCAAGGCCACCUCCACCCCCACCUCGCAGUUUGUCUUCAGCUUCCCGGUGUCUGUCGGUGUCCAUGCCACCCCCAGCAGCCUGCCCUACCUGCACAGCCCCAUCACCACGUCGCCCAGCUGUUAGCUCAGGGCCAGGCCAGCCGGGCAGGCAGUGCCGGGCGUGCAGGGGUGCCGAGCCCUGUGAUGUUAAGCAAUAGUGCCGGACGCUGCCCUUCACCCUGGACUCGCCAUCUUUUUCGUAGAGAAAUUUCUUACCUCAUCUUGGUUUGUUUGCUUUUUAUUGUUAUGUUUUAAAAGCACGAAGUUGUAAAAGCCACAAACCUUGACACUGUCCAGGCGCUUUGGGGGAGGAACAAAAUGGUAUACUGGGUUUCCUCAAGUGCCUGGUCUUCACAUGUUUCCAUCCCUAUUUUACUGUCUUGUUUUUUUUACACCUCCUCUUCUCCCCAUGUUUCUGGCCCCAACUCAUCUAGGUUGACAAGGGAGUAUUCCCUGUUUUUAUUGUGCAGCAGCCUUCCCUCUUGCAGAGACACCUUUGUGUGUGUGGUGGGUGCUGCUUACCUGAGCCAGGUACACUUUGGACAAGCAGAGCUGCAGGCAGGGCCUUGGGGUGAGCAGGAGGGGUGGCACAGGGCUGCCUGCAUUCAACCUCAGCCCUGCCAGUGGCUGGGGAGAUGAGGCAGGAGCUGGCAGGCACCUGCCAAAUCACCAGCUGAGCCUAUUCCAGGGGGAGAGCAAUCUUUGUGGUUGGGAAGUGGUUUGGAGGGAGAGAUGUAGUCUGAAAUGCCUCUUUUCUUGCCUCUGUGGAUCACUGGUUUCUAGAAAACUUAGGUCCAAUCUCCUGUGGCUUUAAGAUGAGAAAGAAGAGUUUGGGGCAGCAGUCUGGGCUGCUUUUGAUUACUUGGUUCAGUUUCCUCUCCACCGGUCCCACUGCUGCUUCUUCCAAAAGAAGCAGGAAGGGACAUGGGUGGGCUAUAAUGGAAAAGAGAAGCUGUGGGGUGGAGGACAGGCUGGCCCAGAGGUGUCAUUCAUCCAGCAUUUUCAAGCUUCCCCCACCUCAUGACCAGCCCUUUUCCUGUGCUGAGUCUUGUUCACCUGUGCAACAUUUCUGCAGCUUUUGGCCCAAGCCUUGAAAAUGCCUCAUCUUCAACCCACCUGGAGCCUUAUUUCCCACCCUACCUCUGUCCUUCCCUCCAGCCCAGUCCAACACACAAGAUGCCUGUGUGGCUGAUGUACAUAUGUAUGGUUUUGUUCCUUUUUUUUUUCUAGAAAUUAACUUUUUAUUUAUUGCCUGAGGGAGGGAGAAAACAUUGUUUGGAGAAAAUAAAAAUAAAACUGUU